AUGUGUCCCUUGUGCAUGGAGGCACUGGAAAUUGAUGAUAUUGACUUUUACCCUUGCAAGUGUGGAUAUCAGAUCUGUCGUUUUUGCUGGCAUCGCAUACGUACUGAUGAAAACGGGUUGUGCCCUGCGUGCAGACAACCAUAUCCUGAAAACCCGGCCAACUUUAAACCGCUAUCAGCAUCUGAGGUUUUAAAAAGUAAAUCAGAGAAAAAGCAGAAAGCUUUACAACAAAGGAACAAAAUUUCGGAAUCAAGGAAGCACCUUGCGGCGUACAGGGUAUUGCAAAAAAAUCUGGUUUAUGUUGUUGGACUCUCUUCUCGGGUAGCAGAUCCGGAAAUCCUGAAAAAACCAGAAUUUUUUGGAAAAUUUGGCAAAAUUCUAAAAAUUGCUGUUGGUUCGUCUGCAAAUGCUCCGCAAUCAGCAUCCUGUACGGCGUAUGUAACCUAUGCGAGAUGCGAGGAUGCUUUAAAGGCGAUUCAGGCUGUGAAUAAUGCAACGCUGGAUGGUCGUACUGUCAGGGCAUCUCUUGGCACGACGAAGUAUUGCUCAAGUUUUUUGCGUGGUCAGACUUGCAAUAAGGCCGAAUGUAUGUAUCUACACAGUGUAGCUGAUAGUGAAGUUAGUUUUACGAAGGACGAUAUGCAUUUAGGGCGGCACACGGAGUAUGAAAAAAAAUUAAUUGAAGCCACUUUAUUAAAGGACAAAGGCUUGAGUGAGAGAAUUGCUUUGCCGCCAAGUUUUAGACGAAAGCACUCACAUAGUAAUAGCCGUGACCGUAACGGAACGCUUCACACAGUGUCGUCUACAGGAGCUCUAGAAAGAAAUCUUGGAAAAAGUACUAUCACAGGACAGAAACAGCAGAGCAGGACAGCUUCCAAGUCUAGAAGUGGAACGCCUAAUUUCGGAAGCUUGUCUACGACGCUUUCCAGUUCGGAAAAAACGGUGAAUCAUGUUGAAGUUUCAGAGAAGGUGACGCUGAAAGAACAUUUGACAAAAGUACAAAUUUUCCUUCGUUUUUUAUCUCCAAAGUACACUACGGUGAGUGAUACAGCAAUUAAAACUCAGAUCCCACUUGUAAACGGCGAACGAAAGGUCGAUCCUCCAGUAACGAGAUGUUCAUCGGAAAUCAUACAGUCUUCUAAGGUAGAUACUGGUCCCACAUCUGUAGAGUCUCCAAAAACUUCACAUUCGGGAUCGCGAUUAUCGCAGUGGACGUCGCCGGAUAGUAAAGAAUGUGCCGCGACAGGAAAGGCUGAAGAGACGGAUUCAUCGUCAAAAGUUGUUAGUUGGUCUGAAGGCGGUGCGGAUGGCUCUUCAGUUUAUCCUCAGGAACCAGCAGCUGUAAAUGGUUUUGAUUGGCAGCGUCUAUUGGGACUAAAUUUGGAAGAGGAUCGUAGUUGUACGACUAAAAUGAAAGAAGUUCCAUUAAAGGAACUACCAGAUGGGGAAGUUUCUUUGUGUAGGCCGACCCAUAUUACUGUGCAUAGUGAUGACGAUUUAGACAGUCAUCUUACAGGUUUUGACCCAUUUGAUGAAUCAGUGAAAGGUCUUGCAGAUCUUGUUGCAAAGGAGAAUGCAACUGAGGGGCCGCUUCAGAGUCCUUUCAAGGCGCUGGCGCCACCUUCUUCCUUAUAUGCGAUGGGACAACAGUUUGGAUGGAGUUCAGUUACCGGUACAGGUGAUGUUUUACGCACUCCAGUUGAGAAUACUUUUUCGUUAUUACCCGAACAGACACCAGUCAACAGUUGCAAUUCUUCCACAGAGUAUUUUUCCUACUCUCCUCUACGGUUUCCGGCUGCAGGUCAGCCAGUAGCGCACCAAAUGCAUAAUGUGAGCGCUCCUCAGCAGUCUUUGAAUCCCUUUAGCGCUAUAACAAGUAAGCCUCCAAUGCUCAAUAAUCAGUUUACGGAUCCUCCGCCUACAAUUUCGACCAGGUAUUCGCAACAAAAAUUCCCUUCCUUCAAUCACGGCACGUCUUUAUCUCCUUUAACAGCACCUUCAGCUGUUUCUCCUGGUACUUCGCAGCUUAGUGAAUGGCAAGAAGGCUUGAAAGCUUUACUUCCAAAUGUCAAUGUCCGAUUUGUUCCAGAAUUAAGUGCAGCAGGUUAUUCUAACACUAAUCGUCAAGGAUACGCAUCGCAGAAUACAUGGACUGUUUCAAGCCAAGCUUCACAUCAACCACAGUCAUCACUACAUAAUUUUUAUGGGCAGUCGUCUUCUGGCCAGAGUCACCAGCUGAUAACUCCAACUGCAAAUACACAAGUACCGGUAAUGCCAUUAAACUCAGUUUCUCAGGCAGCUCCGCCUCAGUGGCUGCUACCUCCUCCAGGAUUUUCACACCUUUCUAAACGAUAA